AUGGAAAGUGUUCCUUAUUCAGAAGCAAUAGAUUGCUUAAUGUACUCAAUGGUGAGUACCAGACCUGAUCUAGCCUAUCCUAUAAGUGUACUAAGUAGGUAUAUGGCUAAUCCAGGCGAACCUCAUUGGGAAGGUUUGAAAUGGUUGUUAAGAUACAUCAAAGGCACUUUGAAUUAUGGAUUGCACCUCAAGAAAGCCAAGGGACAGAUUCAAUUGGAAGGAUUCGUGGAUUCUGAUUAUGCAGCAAAUAGAGACAAUAGGAAGUCAGUAACUUCAUUUAUUUUCUUGUUGAAUGGAAAUUGUAUUUGCUGGAAAACUCAACUACAACCUGUGGUGGCAUUAUCUACAACUGAGGCAGAAUUUAUGGCAGUAACUGAAGCUAUUAAACAGGGAAUUUGGCUUCAAGGUUUACUCAAAGAGCUAAAGAUGUUGAAGGGAAGAGUUACUGUAUAUUCAGAUAGUCAGUCAGCAAUUCAUCUCAGCAAAAAUCCAGUGUACCAUGAGCGUUCAAAGCACAUUGACAUUAGGUAG